UAUUUCUAGUUUCAGCUUGAAGAGUGUUGAUGUAGCACACCGAGAAAGAUAAAUAUAGUGUAACUGUAUGAGCCUUUGAUUUUGUCAAGAAAAUAAACUGUGAUGGCAGGCAGUGUGAUAGUUGCAGGCCUUGGCCUAGCAGCUGUAGGAUUUGCUGGAAGGUAUAUUAUGCGUGCUGUCCCUGGGAUGUCUCAGAAAAUGAGUGAGACCGUUAAGUCUCUAAGUCAACUUGAUUCUUCAUCAUUUGCAAACAGCAAGUAUUAUAAAGGUGGAUUUGAGCCAAAAAUGACUAGACGAGAGGCAAGUCUCAUUUUAGGAAUCUCACCGACUGCAAGUAAAACUAAAGUGAAGGAAGCUCACAAGAGGAUCAUGGCACUGAAUCACCCAGACCGGGGAGGAUCACCUUUGUUGGCAGCAAAAAUAAAUGAAGCUAAAGACUUGUUAGAGAGUGGAAAAUCAUAAGGGUAUUUCAUUUCAAAACAGUAGCAAAUCAAAAUGAAAUUAGUGAAACCUUUGACAUGCAUAUCAGUACAAGCAGAAUGAUUUUGAAGGAAUCUCUGCAUGCUGGUAUUUUGAAAUAAAAUAUUUUUAAGUUGUUCUGGUUAGUAGUAUAAAUUUGUACAUACUGUAUAUUUUGUCAACACAGUUCGCUAAGAUUAUAAUUUUAUUUUGUGUGGGA